AUGAACCAAGACAACAACAACACCGACUCCCCGGGAGACAAUGGCCGCGAGUGUCGCUUUGUAGUAACAGGGUUUGGUCCCUUUCAGGGAGUGCCAAAGAAUCCGACGUCGUUUAUCGUGGAAACCUUGUUGGACUUUUUGACUCAGAAUGGCGACCCAGAACUUGAGACUCUUGCCUCCAACACUACGGCAACCGUCUUGGAAGUAUCUGCGGUGGCAGUACAACAGUUUUUGGACGGUUUGUCGGAAAAGGAUUUGCCUUCCGAGUCAAUAACUACGAUUCUACUGCAUUUGGGCGUCAAUUACUGCGGGAAAGCUUUUCAGUUGGAAGAAUGCGCCUACAAUGAUGCCUCGUUCCGGGUUCCGGAUGAACGCGGAUAUCAGCCUCAGAAGCAGUGUAUCUCCAAAGAUCUGCCCUGGAAUCAUGCAUUAUCGACCCCGUUGGAUAUAUCCACCGUUUGUUCGAGGCUAUGGAAGUUAUAUCCUGGGUCAGAAGAGCGACAACUACUUCCACUGGCUAAGGAUAAGCAUCCCACCGACAUUUGUAUCAUUCCAAGUUCUGACCCUGGCCGCUUUGUGUGUAACUACACGUAUUGCUACAGCCUGGACAAGUUUUGUCGCCCACAACAACAACAACCCCCCACAGAUCCAAAAGAAGACGUGAAAAAAGAACAUUCCGUACCACCCAACAAGUUUGCAUCGCUCUUUCUCCAUGUACCACCCGUGACGGUAGUCCCACAAGAGGAACAAUUAAAGUUUGUGGUGAAUCUCAUGAAAGUGAUUCGGCAAGAGAUGAUGGCCAGGGGCUAG